AACAGACAGAGGAGAGAGUGCAGAGUUUGACUGGAGUUUAGACCAAGCCUUAAAUAUAACUCCAAAAAUAAGUGUAGUGAGACCAGAGACCAAAUUUCACAGCUCUGCAAGUCAAUUCAGGGACAUUAUAAAGCUAUUUUCAGAGUUAAACAUCUUUGAAAAUAUCAUGCAAAACUAAAGGACUUUAAUUUUCAACAGCCUAAAACUUUGUAAAUCCUGAACUUUGGAAUUUGAAGAGCGUGGCUUUGUUUUUUAAGAAUUAUUUUAAAAAGACAUUUUAGUUUUACACUUUGAAGUAUUUUCAAAGAGUUGUCUUGUUUUUUUUUCUGGGACCUGUCUGGGGAUUCUGACGUUUUGGGACAAACAUUGAACUUUUCCCAGAGUUUUGACUGAAGGCUUCACUGUAAACAGGACGUCACGAGAAAGAUUCGCUUUCUCUCCUGUACCUGUCCAACAUGGCCGCUGCCGGAGCUCACCUGAUGUUGGAGGAGUUCCCACAGCAACUGCCUGUGCCCAAAGCGCCCCCUAGAGGAAAGAGCCGGGCACGGCGUCCUCGUGAAGCACGAUUUAAGACUCAGCCCGUGACCUUCGCUGAGAUCGCAGAGGUCGAAGAGGAGGGUGCCAACGCCAUAGACGAAGAACGUGCCAAAAGAUCUUUCCUUCAGAGUCUGGAGAAUCUGCGGAAGAGCACGCAGAACCUGUACUACUGCCACACUCAAGGAAGCCACGGGCAUGCCCCUGCAGGUCACGUGCACGCUCCCGGACACGUGCACUGCUCUGUCCAGCACCGAGGGACACAAACCUGUAACAUGGACUCCAGUGACUCCGACUCAACGCAGUGAAGAGGAGAUGAUGAGGGUCAUGAACAUGAACAUGAACUGAAGCUGCCUAUCGCCAUUGGGCCUUUUGUAGUUUUGGAGAACGUUUAGCCAGAAGUGGGAAGUGAUGCAAAGACUUUCUAUGCAAAGUUUGUAAAUAAUGAUUCAAGUCUUAGGUUUGAUUGACGGAUUGCGUGGAGGCUUUCUUAGGAGUUUGCAUGUUGUCUCUGGUUUCCUCUGGUUUGCCCUUGUCAACCUAAAACCAGACCAUGACUCAGAUCUGGAGAAGGGUCCAGCUACACUGCCAGUCAAAAGUUUGUACACACUUGAAGACAUCAAAACUAAACUAAACAAAAAAUAAACUCAAAAUAAUAAUAGCCGCCUUUUGCGUUUAUCACUGAUUUUGACGCAGAUGAGGCACAUAUCAGGAGACUUAAUCAUGAAGCUCAUUAAGAGAAGGCCAAGGGUUUGCAGCAGUGUCGACAAAGCAAAGGGUGGAUAUUCUGAAGAUUUCAAUAUAAAAUAUAAAAAAUAUUGAGUUGAGUUAUUGAGUAAUUUCAUGUUUUAUUUUUUGUUACAUAAUUAGAUAAAUACUGCUUUAUAUAUUUGAUGUCUUCGUAUCUGAAAAGUAGAAAGUAGUAAGAAAAAAACAACACUUAAUGAAAGGGUGUGUCCAAACUUUUGACUGGUCAUAUAGGCAGUCCUGAACUCAGAUCUGGUCCACUGCUCCUGAGAUUUAACCCAGAGACAUUCACUAUAUCCACAUGCACGCCAGGAAAACCACAUAACCUGCCUCGUCCAAUUUAACCCAGUUUUCAAAAUGUUGAAAAACUAUGCCUGCUAAAAGUGCAGUUACAUGUAUAAUAGUCUUUUUUAUUUGCCAUUAUAGCUGCAAAGUUUUUUUGUGAAUGCUAAAUUACAAGACGUGCCUGAACGCCUUGCAGUUCUCGUAAACUAGGGUUGUCAAAAGUAUCAUAAAUAAAGAUAAAAAUAAAGAUACUAAUCGAUGCUAAAACAAUCAAUCAAUCAAACUCAUUCGAGCAGGUAUCGAUACUAAAAAGUCACGGUCACGGAAAUGAACCUCUCCUAAGUAGCUCUAAAAUGAUCUCGAGCUGUAUCAGAACAAGCAUGAUCACAUGGACCAUCAUGGAAUCUACCUGGAUGAUUGAGUAAUUACUCAGAUAUAUAAGGCCACAUGGUAAUAUAAAACAAAGUACUACACUUAUUGUUGAAAAUCACAUUCUAUUGUCUAAAGAAAGAGUUAUUUUUAUUACUAUUGUGCUAUUGGAAUCAGUCUUGAGUCUAUUCCUUAGUAUUAAAAUCAAGUUUUAAAUUUUAGUAUCGUGGUACCAAUACUCUAGACUGGGACAAGCACUUGGAGUUCUCUGUGCAUGUAAAAAUAGUGACUGAAAUAUGGUUCAGAUGUGGAGGACUUUCUUUCCUGUAGCUUCUAGGUUUGAAUUGACUCGUCUAACAGUUAAGACCAAAUAAUUCUAUACAGAGCAACCUUGUUCCUCGUUACACUGUAAUUUUAAAAGUGGAUGAAUUGUCCAAAAAGCAGGUUACAAGGACAGUCUCUUACUGAAGAUUAGAUUAUUUAGACUUUAGUCCCAGAUGAGUCUCUGACAGAAACAGCAUCUCUGCUGGACAUUUCCACCUUGUACAAACAUAUUUUAUACACAUAUAUAUCUAUAUAUCUAUAUCUAUAUCUAUAUCUAUAUCUAUAUAUC